AGUGAGAGUCCCGUCAUGCUGUUCCCGUGCGCGCGUACGCUGCUGCUGCGCGGCCACCUCCUGUGGGCUCGGCUCCCCUCGCGGGCCCUGGUGCCCGCGCGGAGCCGAAUCAGCAACGGAACCAGUGAAGUCCCGGCCGCGCGGGCUGGGGUGGACGCUGCCGCCGGGUCCAUCAGCAAGAGGGCUCGGGCCGAGGAUGGCGUUUCUCUGCGCUUCGUGCGGCUCUCGGAGCACGCCACGGCUCCCACGCGCGGGUCCGCCCGCGCUGCGGGCUACGACCUGUACAGUGCCUAUGAAUACACAAUACCACCUAUGGAGAAAGCCAUUGUGAAAACAGACAUUCAGAUAGCUGUUCCUUCUGGGUGUUAUGGAAGAGUAGCUCCACGCUCUGGCUUGGCAGUAAAGCACUUCAUAGAUGUAGGAGCCGGUGUCAUAGAUGAAGAUUAUAGAGGGAAUGUUGGUGUUGUGCUGUUUAACUUUGGAAAAGAGAAGUUUGAAGUAAAAAAAGGUGAUCGAAUUGCACAGCUCAUUUGUGAACGGAUUUUUUAUCCGGACUUAGAAGAAGUUCAAACACUGGAUGACACUGCAAGGGGCUCAGGAGGUUUCGGCUCCACUGGAAAGAAUUAAAACUGCUUGAAGUAUUUUGCUGUUUCAACACUGUAAAGAGAAGCUUUAGUUUUGGUAGUGUUUUGUAUUCUAGGAUGCAGAAAGAGGACCUGUUAUGUUACAUUGGAACUUCUCUAUCCUGUGGUUGAUGGUUACCUAGAAAGCCGCAUUGUGAGGAUGGAAAGGACAUACAGAUUUGGUCAAACCAAGUGUACCAUUGGGUUUUUUUGUUGUGUUAUUUAAAUUAUAGUCCUCUAGUUACUAGUUUUGUUCUAAUUGCUUUAUCAGUUGUAAGGUUUGUUUUUUUUUUAAUUCAAUAAAGUUGAAGUCUUUAGCAGA